AUGUUUACAACCCCUCAAAUAGAUUACUCAUAUCUUCCUGACACGGACGAACAAGUUUGGAUUCUGGGUACUAGUCGAAGUUCUUUAAAGGAUCGUGUUGAGAUCUCUGAUGAUAUUCGUUCGAGGCUGUGGUUUACUUAUCGAAAAGGCUUUGUCCCAAUUGGCGAUACGAACGGCCCAACAACAGACACUGGAUGGGGUUGCAUGCAUCGGUGUGCUCAAAUGUUAGUUGGGCAAGCGCUAAUCCAACUCCACCUCGGUAGAGAAUGGCGCUGGAACCCCGAUCGACCGGAUGUAAAGUAUCGGCGCAUUUUAGAGAUGUUUCAAGAUAAACCGAACGCCCCUUAUUCUAUUCACAGAAUUAGUAAGCUCGCUACCAGUAACUCUUCAAAAUCAUACUAUUUCUUUUUUUACUUGAUUGCUGUUUUCAUUCCAUUAUUAGCCACAGAAGCAAUCACAGGUGACAAAAAACCUGUCAACAGUUGGUUAGGACCCAAUACAGCCGCCCAGACUUUAAAGAAACUCUCCGUUUUCGAUCGUUGGUCAAACCUUGCUAUUCACGUAACCACCGAAGAUGGGAUUGUGGUCCCAGAAAUCAAUAAUGUGGUCAGUUGUUCUAAGCAAGAAAAUCGCCCUAGUUUUCUUCUGGAUUUUACUCCACUCGUUAGCUCCUCCGCCUUUGCUCUUGCAGAAAUGCUUUGUCGUCAGAGUUCCACGUCGUCGCGGUGUAAUCUGCAGUCCCAACCAGCGGAUGAGGUGCCUCGAAAAUCUCCCGAAAAAUCGCCCCCCUCUUCUUCCCCAAUCUCCCACGAAUUCCUUCACUACUACACAGCCCUGAAGAAUAGUGAGAGACCAGUCAUUGUGAGCAACCCCAUUAGCAGGGAACUCGACGACGACUCGGUAGAGAUCAUUCUUCCCCCAGUGUACAGCGUGCCAGACAACUUGUGCGCCAAUCCGCUGGACCCCAAGCCCGAUGGGGGUUCACCCCCUCCCCCCUCCGAGGUCCCCACGUCGCCAAAUCCCCCCGUUCCGGUGUGGCGUCCCCUACUCCUGAUUGUCCCUUUACGACUUGGCCUCCACGAGUUCAACAUGUGCUACGCGGCCGCACUUAAAGGCUUAUUCAAGCUGCCGCAGUGCGUGGGCAUAAUGGGCGGACGGCCGAAUCACGCGCUCUGGCUAAUUGGCAGUGUUGGCGACCACGUGCUCUGCCUGGACCCGCACACAACUCAGCCCUCGGUCGGUGGCGGCGGCGAAGAUGUGGCCUCGCUCGACGCCUCCUUCCACUCCUCCACGGCGGUGCGACUGCCCUUCGCCCGCCUCGAUCCGUCCCUCGCGGUGGGCUUUGUGUGCGCCACGGAGGCCGAGUUCGACGCCCUGCGGACGGACCUUCUUGCUGACGUCCUCUCGAACCGCCUCUCACCGCCCAUCUUCGAGAUCCACGAGGUCCGACCCCACAAUAUGCCACCGCCGUCUUUUGCUUCGUUGCGGACGCCCGAUGAGUGGAGUUACUUGUACGUCCAGUCGCCAUCACCUAGAUUUUAUUGGGUUACGGUUCUAGGGUAG